AAGCAACCAAUGCAGACAAUUGCUACGAACCAUCUAUGAAUUCCGAUGCAAAGACUAAAAUUAAAAUGACAGAGAUGCACACGUCCUUCCGAUUCAGCGACUUACCCUGCGAGGUUCAGCUACAAGUGAUACAAGCCUUACAAGAUAUAACGACUGAAAGAGAGUUGCUUCAGCUUCGUUUAGUUUCAUCACAAAUGAAUACCCUGAUACUGGACCCCACAUUCUGGCACACGAUUACAUUUUCAAAGCAACGGUACUUCAAAACUGGGACUGGACAUGGUAGUAAUAUAGGGCUUUCUCAGAAUCGAGCAGGCGAGACAGGCAGGCAUAUGUCCAUGAGCGCACUGCAGCCAAACUUUUUCCAUAGUUCAGACGCCAAUAUCAUAAUUCAUCGACAGUCUUGGGCAGCGACUAUGUUAGGCUCAUCGUCAUCACUCUCCUCCUCUCUAUCAUCAUCAAGUCACCCAUCGUCAACAGAAAAUGAGCGGGGGAGAGCAGAAGGUAUAGAUUUUGACGCAGGUCAUCCAACUCAACCAUCAUUAUCAAUUACGGCUAAUAUACCGAGUUUCAUUUACAAUGAACCACUGCGGAGUGUCGAAGUCGAAUCAACUCCACAAAGACAAUCCCAGCAUUCCUGGAGGAGCAUUGGGGACUCCUUUCUUAUGUUCAUAUCACGACUUGCCUCUCAACCACAGACAGCAGCAUAUGGCAUUCGGGAACUCUCUAUUGAGGAGUGGGAAAAUGAUAUCUCCAUGAAGGCGCUUUGGACGACAUUAGCCCAGUUUAACUCAUUGCGCAGCCUUUCUGUCAAGAAAUCUGCUCUCCAGUGUUUAUCACUAAUAUCUACUCCAGUCUUUGCUUCAUUAUCAGCACCAAUACCGAUACCGGCAGAGGAAUAUGAGAGUCUGCCAAGGUUAUCCGUAGGUUUAACACCGUUUUUUUCCUGGGAGCAUUUAACACGUCUUGAACUUAAAGACUGUGUAGGCCUAGUUGAUCUUUCUGGGAUUCUAGAGUUAAUGCCUCGACUUGAGGAUUUGAACCUGGAUGGAUGUACUGGGUUGAUAGAUUUUUCACCUCUUGUGCGCGUUUCUUCCGCCAGACGCCAUCAUACUCAUUCGUCACAGAUACGACAAGAUACACAAGACGAUAUCAAUGUGUCGCUGUCAUUCAAAACCAUCAAUCUGACACAGACAAAGAUUCGUGACCACGAGUUGAUUGAACUUUUGAGAGUAUCGCCUUAUUUACGAGAGUUACGAUUGGAUCAAUGCUAUCGGUUGACAGAUGCAUCAUUAAUGGGGAUCGGUUAUAGAGACACAUCUUCAAUCAUGGAAUCAUCGCAAGCUGAAGUAUUAGAGUCGAAUCAAGAUCCGAACUUGGAGAAUCAUGAACAAUAUCAACAUGGUGCUGCAACUCCGCUUCCAUUUCCACCUCCGCAGAGGAUAACAAAAUAUCGUGACACAUCCACAUCCUUUUGUCCAAAUCUACAGAUACUAUCACUCAAAAAUUGUUGUGAUUUAACAGACGAUGGCGUGCGGGCUUUGGCAGGCUGUCAUCAACUCGAGCUUCUCAUCAUUCGGGGACUUCGAAAUGUUCGUGAAGAGACAAUCGAGUGGUUGCAUUCACAGGGCGUGCCUUUACGUAAGGCAUUAGAUCCAUUAGGCCAUUGGCGACAUUGGCAGGAACAGAAGUGAGACACAGGGAAAAUGAGAUAAAAAUAAAAAUAAAAAUAAAAAAAUAAAA